UGUACUUUUUCUUUUUGUUAUUCUUUCUUUCUUUGUUUUGAAUCUUUUAAAUCAUGAAAACCAUAUCGACAAACAAACCAAAUGCAAAACUAAGGAUCCAUUUAGAGAAUAAUCACUUAAUCAUGUAUGGCUCAGCAUUAGAGUCCUCUGGUUGUGUGCUGAGAGGAGCUCUAAGUUUAAAACUAAAGAAAUCAACGAGCUUUAAAUCACUAAGUUUACAUUUCCUUGGGAAAGUGUCUGUCAGUUGGAAUCAAGUAGGGAAUGGUUAUGAGCGUAAAUUUAACGAUACUCGAAUAGUCAUUAGCCAUACCUGGACUUUUUUGAUGCCACAACAAAAGCAACUUCAUCUACUCUCUGCAGGCAUACAUACAUUCGAAUUUGAUUUGAUCUUACCUGGAAGUUUACCGGAAUCAACACGGAUGGACAAGUAUUACAACGUAGAGUAUCAAUUGAAAGCAGUGGCAGAGAAGCCUGGGUUUUCAAGAAAUUAUACAGCUCAGCGCGAUAUUCAUCUAUCAAGGCAAAGGCCAAAUUUGACUACGGAUUACUAUGACCCUAUUCAUGUCACGGAUCAAUGGGCGGACAAGUUGAGUUGUGAGGUCUCUUUACCGACCAAGGUGUAUACCUAUGGUGAUCUUAUCCCCAUUACGAUCGAUGCUGUCCCAUUAAAACCUAAUCUACGUGUACUCUAUGUGAGCUGCACAUUCAAAGAGAGCAUCACCUGCCGAGCAGUCAAUGGUUGGUUCAAUGGUAAAAAUAAAAAGCAGGGACGCAUAAUAGAAUAUACAAGAAAGGACACAAGUAGCAGUAGAUUAGUGGAAAACUGUAGAUGGUCAACAUCGAUCCAUAUGAACGUGCCUAGAACAAUUACGGAUAUUCAGUGUGACGUGAGCAAUGAAUCUGUUCGUGUACGACAUAAGCUUAAGCUUGUGCUCUUUUUAGAACAUCGACAUGAACUACAUGAGUUGAGAACGGAAAUACCAAUCAUUAUAGCCAUCACGGACUCCAUUGGUGUUUUGCCCCCUUAUGAAGAUGUCUGGCAGACAUUACCUUAUGAUCCUUUACUUAUGCUAACCCCAAGUACAAGUAGUAUUCCCCCUAGUUAUCAUAGUGUAGCUGUAAAUUAAUAAAUUGCAUUUAUUUUCUAUAACAAAAAUGAGGUUAUCAUGACGUGUACACAGUGGUUGAUACAAAAUCUCGAUAAGAUAAACCUGAUUUUAUAUAUGCGAUCAAUUCGCUCAAUAGUCGUUCUGCUACCAGUUUAUCAUUUUCUAACCAUUCUGCU